AUGGAGGGGCUGACCAAGGACCACGGUCGUGGACCUCACGCUGACGCAUCGCAGUGGAAGGGCGGGCUGGAGACCACCAAUGACGAGGAACCAAUUUCCACGGAAGCGCUCGUGGAGCACAUCAACGGCCAGAACUUCGGCUACACGGAGGGAACUCAGAUUGAGGCGUCAAGUCCGAGCAGUUUGCCGCGCAGCUUCGACGCCUUCAGCGAGUGGCCAACCUGCCAUGACGUCAUCCGCCGCGAUCACGAUCAGGCCAUCGAGCAGCAGCCCCCCGACGGCACCUCCGAGGCCGUCCUGGCGAUGGCGGGCGUGGUGCUUCGCGCGAUGUUCCAGCGCUGCCUCUCGCUCUCCGGGUCCGAGCAGGAGGUGGCGGACAUCAGGUUUUUCGAGCCGUCCGUCUCUGUGAAGUUCGACGAUGCUUUCGAGGAGGGCGAUCAGCCCCGCAUUUUUGUCCACGAUGGUGCCGAGGAGGGGAUCUCGACGCCAGGAGCCAGAGCAUCCAAGCGGCGCACCGCGGAGAAGCAUAUUCUGGCGCAGCUUGCGGAGGCCGCUGCAGCCCUCCAGAAGUUCGCAGGCGUGCCCACCAGCGGUGCAUCCGAGCCACUGUCCUCGAGUGGGUCGAAGCGGCCGCCGAGGAAGAAUAUGAUGUGGAAGGGCCUCCCGGUCGUCAGCCGCCCGCGCAGCCUGCUGGCCUACGCUGACGAGACGAGGGGAAAAUUCACGCAGGAGAUGGCGAUCCAGACGUUGAGCGAG